AUGGCUGCGCAGGUCUGGGUUAUCCCGGAAACCAACGAGGUCUUCACCAACUAUGAACCGUAUCUUCAGCGAAUGGACUUCUACAAGCAAAAACGGUUCAUUUGCGAGAUCACCGGCCAUUCGGGCUUGACCUUCUUCGAAGCACUAAGAAGCGAAAUGGAGGAAUCGAGAGAGGUCAACAGCGCGUUCCCGGAUGCGUUGAAGGAGCCGAUCCUACGCAGAAUACAAUUUUCCACGGUGUCACGGGUCGAUAACCUCGCUUAUUUUAAUAUUUCUACGACUGAGAGAGCUAACAAAUCACAGGAGUUCAAACAAGACUUCUACCCUGGAGAGCCUGUUUUGAUAUUGCUUGAGGACAGCAGCCGACUUCAUGGCGUGAUUCGAGACAAAGCAAGGUUCGCCGAGCAGCGCUAUCCCGACGGGACCAUCAAAGCUCCGGCAUAUGCGACAUACCUUGUCAAAGUGUUGGAUCGUCCCAAUGAAGAGGCGCUGCUGGAUCAGGACCAUAUCACCCGUGAUCGGAAGACGUUUACGAAGCAAAUGCUGCGCGCGUUCAUCAAGAACAAUGUCACCAGGGAAUCAUGGAACGGAGCUCCAUGGCUGGUCAAACCGUCCAUCGCGGAAGAGUACAAGAUACCGACGGAGGUUCCCAAUCAUCUUCAAUAUGGUGCUCGAGUUGCUGAAAAGAAAGCCAUGAAGAAGGCUGACCAGGAGGGAUUCUUUGGUUUCUUCUCAUCACAACAACUGCCCGAAUUGAAACCAGCAGCCAAAGGACAGAAAUCUAAGCCCUCAGCUCAAGACCUGGCGCGAUCAAAGGAGGCCCAAUACCUCGAGUAUCAGCGUUCCCUCAAUGGAAAUCCAACCUUUGUUGUGCCUAAUAAAGCUCCCUCUGCGCCUGCCCGUUCUCCACACGCAAAACCCCAAGAAGAAAAGAAGCCGCAACCAGUUCCUGCUGUCGUCGUCAAACCUGAGCCUCCCAAGCUACCGACUCCUCCUCCAAUCAAAUAUCCAAUCGAGGACCUGGAGAUCCCCCCAGACCGCGAGAAGAAGAAGAAGCAACGUCCGCCUCUGAGAUUUCUAGAAGUCGAUGAGACGGAUGAUGCCGAUGAUGAGGAGCUACUGCAUGACAAGAUCGACAUGCAAGCCGUGGGUCUUCUCCUGGAGACCUGGAACACUCUUAAUGUUUAUUGUGAAGUAUUUCAGCUGGACUCAUUUACCUUUGAUGAUUUCAUCCAGGCCAUGCGUUUUUCGUCAGACGAGCUGGAUUGUGAACUCUUUGUGGAGAUUCAUUGUGCCGUGUUGAAGAAGCUUGUCAAUGCAGAAAAGAAUGACGAUGGCGCUAUACAAAUCUCAUUACCCGAGCUUCCCGAUGAAGAUUCGGAGGAGUCCGAGGCUGAAGAUGAAGACGAGGAAGAGGACGAGGAGCCUUCCCCUGAACCUGAACCUGCCGUGACGAGAAUGACGACGCGCAGUAGUCUGGCCAAAGCCGAAGCCGAGAAUCUGAAAGCACAGGCAAAUCGGAGCCGCGAAAACUCGGAGGAGGUCAAGGUUCAUCGUGCGGCAGAGUUGUUUGGAGACUACAAGUGGGUUGAACGCCUACGCAAACGUGACUUUCACCAUGGCGGAUGGGAGAUGGUGAUGGUCGGCCUCCUGCAUCAACUGUCUGCUCGCCCGCGGAUGGAAAAGAUUUGCAACGAAAUUCUCCAACAUCUCGCACCCCUUGAUGCAGAACCCACCCAAGAAACCGUGCAAUCCCAGUACGCUAAGCUCCCGAUCAAUCUACGCGUACAGGCUCUUCAGAUCAUCUGCAUGCUUAGUCUGGACACGAAAGCGAUUCGAAACUACCUGGAGGAGUGCAGCAAUCAGAUGACCGAGUUUCGAAAAGAGAAGAUUGAAUAUCAGAGGGCUCGGAAAGUAGCACUCGAGGAGCUGCGUCGACUCCACCAAGAGCGGAAGGUGCUUCAGCCAGAGCAAGAAAAAUCACCAUCCCCUGUACCGGAACUGGAAGCGCUAGAAGAUUCGAAGAUGACGAUUGGAGACGGCGAUUCUGAGCAAGUCAUGGAUACGGAGGAUGACGAUGUGCCCCAGGUCCGAUCGCUCCGGGGCGGCAUGGACAGAAUCCUUGAACGGAAGAGGAAACUGGAGGAAGAAAGGGAGCGAAAGGAGCAGCUCGCCAAACAACCCAAGGGAUCGAAGCAGUACCAGAGGGUCCUCAAGAAGAUCGAGGACCAGAAAGCCGCCGUCGAAAAGUUUGAGAAGAAAAUUGAGGUGGUGGACAAUGAUCUACGGGAAGCGGAUUGCCCGCGCACCAGAUGUCUUGGGAAGGAUCGUUUUUGCAACCGAUACUGGUGGUUUGAGCGAAAUGCGAUGCCUUACGGGGGGAUGCCCAAAAGUUCCACCGCAGAGGCUAAUUACGCAAAUGGUCGACUUUGGGUUCAGGGUCCAGAUGAGAUGGAGCGGCUGGGAUUCAUCGACGUGCCCGACGACCAGAGGAAACAGUAUCAAAAAGAGUUCCAGACCACACCUGCCGAGCGCAAAAAGGCCGAGGAAGGGCCCACGCGAGUUUCCGAUGCCCAUGAGUGGGGCUACUACAAUGAUCCUGAGGCGAUCGACAAACUGAUUGAUUGGCUAGACUUACGGGGAAACAGGGAGUCGAGACUGCGCAAGGAGCUCCAGCUUCAGCGGGACCAUAUCGUCAAGUACAUGAAGUGUCGGAAGGAGUAUCUGGAGCAGACGGCGGAGCGAGAUGAAUCGGAGGAACUGCCGGCGAAGCGCAUGACGACGCGGAACAAGACGUACGUGGAUGAUCACAAGCAUCGCUGCUUGAAAUGGAGGAAUACAAUGGCCCUGUCCGAGAAUGGACAUCUCCAUGUCGACCCUGCCCGGCCAUCGAAGCGAGCCAGGAGAGUGACCGACGAACCCAAAGAGAUCAAAAGCACGAACCGGCAGGGUAAACCGCUGACCCGGCAAGGCACACGCUACGAGUUUUGA